CUUGACACAACGUUUCACGAGAAAAUCGAACAAUACAGAACCACUCGCGCGGACAGCGUCGGGAGUCUGAGCAAUGCGCCCUCUCCGUCAGUCUCGUCACUCAUGUCCGCUCAGAAGGUCUAUCCAUUCCCUGUCAUAUCUCAGUCACCCUCCGAGCCGCUCUCAUCGUCUCCGCCGCAUCGACCCAGCAUCCAACUCUCGGCUGCAUCGCCGAUCUCUACGAACGGGGCGGCGCUAACGCCAGUCCUCUCGAACUCUAAUUCACAUGUUCAUUCGCGCUCGCACUCAUUCACCCCACGUCUGCCGUCUAAGCUUGCAUCGCCGAAACCGUCGCUUCAGCCACCGACGAGCCCGAAGCGCAAGGGAUCGGCGUCUUCUGAUCCUGCUGAGCACACUGGUCGAGUGCCGCUCUCUCCCACUGCAUUGGCACCUCCCAAGAUCGUCGAGCCACCGGGCGCAGAUAAGGACUCGAAGCAGGAGAAACGUGGCUCGCAAUUAUUGUACCAUUCGGGCUUUGUCAAUCGCCUCGUCGACUUCUCGCCGUCGGCAUUGAGCGUCCGCGCCAACCAGUCAUACAUGAGUGGGGGUAGCGUGUCGGCGCUGUCCAAAGGCUGGAAGCCGUUCAAGCUCGUCCUGAAAGGGUCGAAGCUAUAUUUUUAUAAGCCCCCAAGCGACAGAAGUGCUGCCAUCAAGGAGCUGUUUCCGACAGAAUUGGUAACGGUGCUAGAAGAUGAGGGCUUAGCUGAUGGCGAUCUCGAAGGCAACGAGGUUGAGGAAGAAGAGACAGGUAGAGGCGGGAGGGGAAGAGAUAGAGAUGAUAUGCGAAGACGCCGGGCGUACUGGGGCAGGGGGACUCAUCCAUCUCUGUUUCUCGCUGGAGAGCGAAUCGAGAGAGGGACGUUCGAAGCUCUUGUCCACGAAACUAUCUUCGCGACAACCUUCGUCAAGUCAACGGCUUCUGACAGUCCAGAAUGGCACGAAUUUGCAUCCACGAUUUUGCUCACCCUGCCAGCCUUGGUAGGUGGUGCAAAAUUCGAGGCCGAGUUCGUUCGAUGUUGUGCCAAUCUCGUAAGUGGGGCGGAGGAUAUUGACAAGGAUGAGGAGCGCGCCCGUGUACGGUGGCUCGCUACGCAGUACCUCACCUACCACGGCAAUCCCGCGAAUCCCGAAUCGUGGGAGCUCUGGCGUAAGGAGACCAUUCCAGACUUCCCUGCAGACUUUUCCGUGACAUCGAAGGUUGCCGGCAUACCCAAGACAUCGUCAACACAGGCAGUAUUCACUCCUUCUCCACAGCUCCCUACCUUCGCGGAGUUCUCGCCUGACCUUGGGACCUUCUCACCCAGACCAGGCGAUGGUAGCAAGAUGAUGUCCAUCGUCGAGGCUCUAGGCGUGCCGCCGCCGCCUCCUGGGCAAGUUCCCUAUCAUGACUCGGAUUCGUUGCGAUUGCGGGACCUACUCGAGAGCGGCGGGUUGACGCGAGAUGUCCUCCAGAGCGUGGACGUUCAAGUACUGGCGCGCAGUCUCCUAGUGUUCAACAUACGGCUACUUGGACAAUUACCGGAUCAUUUCCUUGCAGACCUGUGCCUUGAGCCGGAUUUGUUAGGCACCAGUGAAAGUGCAGAUACUAGGAAUCAAGAUGAGAAGAAUGGUUCUUCGCCAAGCCUUGCGCCUUUCAUGGGGACAGACGACUCACCACAUUGGCUUACGAAGACGAUCCUCAACCAGAUACUUAUCCCUGAGGCAACUGGCGCUUCGGCCACGCGCACACAGGACGACCGACAUGCCCCUACAUCACGCACGCAUACCCGUUCUGAGGUCAUAUCCACCUGGGCAAGGAUUGGGGAGCUAUGCCGCCGGACAGGGGACGAAUGUUCCUGGCACGCAAUCUUCGCUGCACUGUGCUCUCGCCCGGUUGCUCGUUUGGAUAAGGUCUGGAAGCGUGUGGACUCGGAUGCUAUUUCUUUGGUCCAGUCAUGGGUUCAGCUACUCGAAAAGGCAGACGCUGUGUCGAGCGACAUCCCAUUGUCAGUACCAUGGGCUGGAGAGACCAUAAAUCAGAUGAGAAGGGCCCUCAAUAUCGCAAGAUACGGUGAUGUUGAGGAGUGGCAGCUCAGCUAUCUCGUUGAUGCGCGAGUCAAGUUCGAUUCACUUCGCACGGCAUUUGCUCUCUGCAGCAGGAAAUCUGGUUCAGACGGGGAAAGCGAAGCAGAAGACGUCGAGGCGUUAGUCAAGCAAUGGAACAGCCUGCAGGCAGGUGGUACCACUACCGGCAUGGCUUCUAAAUUCGUGCGUAUUGACCAGUUUAUGUCGCUGUCCCUCGCUGCAGAACCGCGGCGCAGGGGCCUCUUUGAACCUUACUACUGGACCCGUUCCCCUGCGCAGCAAGUCUCUCAAUCUCUCACUGCUGUUUUCUUCCCUGAUCCCUUACCCACUGUUGCCUUCAUCAAUCGUGAGCUGCUUGCGCGUGGCCGGCUGGAUAGCAGCGCUAGUAUAAACCUACAAGAAGUGCAGCAAAUACGAGAAGCCUGGCUAAAACCUGACGCUACCUCCACGAUCAGAACGCAGGCUGACAAGCCAGUCGGCAUCGACCUAGGCGGUACAAUCCUGCCUGUCUUCGACGGCGAACUUCUUUUGCUUGUUCAGCCUCAUGCCGAGAAUGCAUCAUCCUCGCGUCCUACCUCUCGCGCUCCUUCAAGACCCCCUAGCUCUAUAACCGACUCACCAGCACCAGAGAAAACCUUCAGUCGCAGUCCAUCCAUCCGGGUGAGCCCUGGUACCUCCCAUAGCCUUGAUCGCAAACCCAGUGUUGCCCGCCGCAAUUCCCUCCCUUCCAUCUCACAACGGACUAGUCUUGUCGUACCAGAAGUCAGUUCGGAGAAACCCCUCCGUGUUGUGGUGCAGGCUGGCACUCUAGAUCGUCUAGUAGAUAUACUGGUGCAUGGUCUCCAAGGUGUCUCAGUGUCCGUCUCUGAUGACAAUGGAGAGAUACCCCUAACCGACACGAAGACAAGGGAAGUGAAAGUCGACAUGGAUGAAUUCUCAGAAGUUUGGUGGAGCAUUUACAGGAGUUUCAUGACUCCCCAGGUUUUGUUCGAGUUCCUGCGGAAGCGGUAUUUGAGCGCCCGCCUGUCCUCGUCACCCUCAAAUGUGCAAAUCAACAACGUAGUCCGUCUACGUUCUGAGGUGCUGGAAACCAUGAACGAAUGGAUCAACAGAGGAGGCGGUGCCCAAGACGCUCUCGAUGACAUACAGCUCUUCAAGUCUAUUGAGACUUUCUUGAACGAGUCUGCUGACCAUGACUUGACUCGCUUCAUCCUGGCAGAUGACGAGUCGGGUAGACGGACAGUCGGUUUGCUCGACCAGAUCAAGAAGACCCUCCACAUGUCCUUCUUGUCGCAAAGCUUGAGACCUACCCGGGUAGUAUCCCCCGCAGAUGAAUCUACUGAUGUGCCAGGCGUACAGAGUUUUGGCUCUCAAGUCCCAGACCUGGACCAGAUCGACGUCGAAGAGCUUGUGAACAAUCUGGAUUCUAUGGGUAGUGCUGCAUGGCGUAACGUUACCAAAGAGGACCUCUUUGUGACUGCUGAUCUACUCGAAGUUCAGUCGGCGGACCGCACUGGCUGGUUCUUGUCUCGCGAACCCAGCGCAAUCGCCGACGAAGUGGAAAUCCAUAGCAUGAAUUCAUACAUCGUCGAAGUCGAGCCAUCAACGAUGAUAUCCGAACUUGCCCAAGAGUCCCUUUACCGCCUCCUUCCACCGUCGAUCCGUACGUGUAUCCGAGCCUUCGGUAUCUUGCGCAAGUGGCUGGUAUCCAAGCUCGUUGCCACACGAGUUGGUCUCCGCGUCCGCCAGGCAAGAAUGGACCUGUUACUCCGAGCGAUCGAGGUCUGCCGUCUACGGAAUGCCGAACCCACUACAUCUGGCAACCUAUCGCUCGCCUCGCGCCCAUGUAUUCGGUCAUUUGUUGAGACAGUGAUUACCUCUGCUAUUCUCAGUGUGGAGAGCCGUACCCAUUACCGCGCGUGGCAAAAUCUUGCCCUGGCUCGCGGGACGACUUGCGACACACUAGCUGCCUUGUUGAGCCGUCCGGCUAUCUCUUCUCUCACCUCAAGAGGUACCUUGACGGUUGAUAUCGGGUGGGUUAUCGAGAGGAUGCUCGAAGUCAUCAGUGCUGCGGAUAUCCUGGAAUCGGCGAAUGCGGAGACUUCAGGCUUAGUGAACUUCGACAAACGCAGGUCCCUCCAUACACUGAUCAGUACGACGUCUGGCAUCAGCCGCAAACGCCAGCGGCGCCAUCUGGAUCGACGUGACUUCGAGAGACUGAAUACCAUCGAGAAGGAAGUCUCAUCAAUUCAGUUUGACCUCCGGUUGAUACGGGAGGAAGCUUACCGCGAAGCUACAUCAGCUGGUUCUUUGGGGUACAAAAAGCCUCAGAGGCCUUUCCAGUAUCUGGUUUCUCUGCAGCAAGAGAAGAACAAAAGGGAUCGGCACUUACGCGAUCGGCUUAGCAGAGAAAAGCGGCAGGAACAACAACGCAACGACAGGCGAGAAGAAUAUCUCAACAAGGCUAUGAACACGCGACGUCAACCUGCAAUUGUCCAGAAACAGCAUCGCAACAAGAAGAGCAUGUCGUCUGCAUUCUUUCAAUUCAUGCGGCCCAUCUCCAGCGCGUUCUCUUCAGAAACUCUUGCUAUGCCUGGUGUCAAGCGCACGCCUGCCGAACUUGAUUUUGUCCCGUCACAUAAACCGACGCUGGUCCUCAGCGUCGUUGAUGCGCGGGUGGCUCAAUUCGUGAAUAAUGAGCGUUCGUUCACGUUCCAGUUGGAUACGGAGGACGGAGGACAUUACCUGCUACAGACCAUCAGCAAGGCCGAGAUGAAGAAAUGGAUGGACACCGUUCAGCACGUCUCAACGAUUGCAGCGAAGCGCCGCUUGACGUACCUGGGACAGAAUUCCAAAAUGCAACUCUCGGAUCAUCUCCUCAGUCAACCCGGGUCCACAUCGCGAGAUCCAAGGGCAGUAUUCGGGGUUGACCUUGACUUUCUCCUGGAGCGCGAAGCCGGGUCAGGCGAGGUUGCCCCUGGAGCUCUUCCUUCUGUACUUGAGCGUUUGAUAGUGGAAGUAGAGAGCCGCGGACUGUCUGAAUUGGGUAUCUAUCGGAUUGCUGGUGCACAUUCCGAAGUCCAAGCAUUCAAAGAUACCAUCAACCGCGGCGAAUGGCCAAUAUCCUCUUCCACAGAUAUCCACGCUGUGUGUGAUCUCAUCAAGUCGUGGUUCCGUGUCUUGCCUGGCGGCAUCUUCCAGGACGGUGUGUACAGCGAGAUUCUUGAAGCUGUCUCAAAUGAUGAGGCCGACUUGGCGACGAGGCUGUCCAAUAUCCGCAGAGUAGUUCACGGACUCCCUGAUUCAAGAUUUUACCUCUUGAGGCGCAUCAUUGAGCACCUUGACAAGGUGACCGAUUACGAGGAGAAUAACCAAAUGACUGCGGAGUCUCUCUCCACCGUCUUUAGUCCGAACCUAUUGCGUGCGCCAAACAACGAUGUUGCUCUCUUCUUUGCCAACAUGAGCAUGGGGCAUCGUGUGUGCAAACUACUCAUUGCACAUUUCCAUACCAUCUUCGAUAUCGAAGCCGAGCAAGAUCAAGAGGCCGGGAUCGAUCGCGAACAAGAACAGGAAGAGUUUGAGUUCGACGAACCUAUACCAGAAGAGGACGAAGAGGCAGAUAUGCUCUGUGAUGGCGGUCCUGACACGCCAGACGAUGACAAGAACUCCCUGCAAAUUUCUGCAGGGCCUCCUGUCCUUGACAUCAAUCUGGGCAGUCCGCAUUCACUCUCGUUUACGGUCUCAUGAUCAUGCUCCAGCUCCCUCACUCUUUCUGAGCCCGCAUACCUGUACGCUGUGAUACUUUAUGGACACGCAUCCCUUUCGGACUCGCCGCUCUUUUGACCCUUGGUGCUGACACCGUCCUUUGUGCAUCCGGUAGCUAUAUGUGAUGAGUGUAUGGUUAGAAUAUACCCGCACGGCAGACUUACCCAACGGACGUCGUACUGUCAUGGUGUUAGCUACUUAAUCGUACUCUAUGUUUCAAUAGCUCCAUUUCCUCUAUCCGUCA